AAAGCACGCGCUACUGCUCUGUCCGAUGUCAUGUGCCUCCUGUUGAUCUCGUGAGAAUAUAGCCUCCUACAGAGACCUGUUAGCUAGUCUAGAGUAAAUCCGUGCACUGCAGAUAACCAUGGUGUCGGCUGUGAUCCCGUUCCUGUUUUUCACUGUGUUUUGGGGGAUUAUAGGGUUUGUGGUCCCAAUCCUGAUACCCCGGAGCGACAAUCGAGCAUUGAUCCAGACCCUUGUUAUGCUGACGGCCGCAUGCUGUUAUCUAUUUUGGCUUUGCGUUUGGUUGUCUCAGCUUAAUCCCCUCAUCGGCCCGAUUCUCUCGAAGGAUGUGAUAUGGAUGAUCACCGAAUAUUGGUAGAGUACGAGCACUUCGAGCACUAGAUAGUCGGGACGCGAACCUGCGCUCAAUGUGAAUGCUGUGAAAGGAAUAUAAUGAACAUGUGACCAAAUACGAGCUAUGAAAUAAAGGGUUGUUGAAGCUAUUCUUAUA